CAUUGUACGUUCGAUGAGAGGACGUAUGGCGUAUGAAGACGGAGGUGGGUUAGACAAGAGGCUCGCUAGCUAGCACCACAAAAACAGGGUGUGUGCUGUGGGUGCUAAUGCGUCUGGAUCCUUUGCUGUACGCUCAUACAAGAGUAGUCAAGAGCUGCGACUAUCUUUUUUUUUUUUUUUUUUUUUUUUUUUUUUUUUGCGCCUCACUGGGGCGUCAGACGAGCAGUGGGGUUAUGUUGAGACGGCGUAUGUCAAGGUCUCACGGGCAUCAUUGCCGCUAAUGAGACUGCUGGGAUCAUCAGAGAGCUAAUGCGACCGUGUUUCGGUGUCGCGUUGUAUUAUGUUAUGUUUAUGCUGUGCUGUGUGUUGUGCUGUGUUAUGUUUAUGUUUGUGCUGGCUGGCGUUGGUGCCGGUCUUGGUGGCCGAUACUGAUGCUAGUACUGAUGCUUAUACUGACGCUGGUACUGGUGCUGAUGCUAGUGCUAAUGCUGGUGCUGGUGUUGAUGCUGUACAAUGUUGGGUAUACGAGAACGAGCCGCCCUGCGUCAGGACACCUUAGACACCUAUCAAGGUAGUUUGAUAUGGGAAAGGGGGCUGAAUUAGUGAAUGCGCAGUCAGCAGGUGGAUAGCUAGGAAAGAAUGGAAGAAGUCCGACGGGAAGGACGAGAGCAGAAGAAAACGGCAGUACACUGCCGCCCCGAGUUGAUUUGAGCCGGACGGAAGAGAUGAUGAUUGGAAGAGUGAGGAGACGGGACUGGUUGAGAAAACAACUCGGUGAGGAAAGAUCCAGGGCGGCCGUUGAACCGGCGGCUUCACCGGUUUAAAGAGGGGGGAAAUUAAUCAGGCUUGGUCCUUGUGCGACCGUUCGACUUUCGCGAGUGGGUUGCGAAUGAGGCAAUCCGGAUCCGUGCUUGAACUGGGAAGGGUCUAGUUAUGGUCUGGUUUAAUAGGAUUUUGAUAGGGUGAAAGGGGAACCUCGGGAUGUUAUGUGUAGGGAUAAGCAGGGAUGAGACGGAUAAGGCCGCAGCUAAGUAUGUUUGGUUCAGUGGUUAUUAGCAUGAUGCGCUAGGUAUUGGAGAUGUUAUCGGGGAUGUUAUUGGGGUGUGUUAGUUAUUACAAUUGGUAAAUUGGGUUAAUGUAGCAGUU